GCCGCCAAUCGCGUGGCUUGCUCCAGAUCGGCCCACCUGCCAGAGAUAUUUUGGGGUGGGGGGAUAAAUAGAGAGCCACGCGGGAACUACAGAGGAAGAGAGGGAAAUGGAGGGAAACCGCGCGGGUCUCCUGACCUAGGACUCCAGAUCGACGGCCGCCGGCGACGUGCCCCUCCAGAUCCGCCGGUGACGCGCGCCCCCAAGAGCUUCCUCCGCCGGUGACCUGCCCCCACUAGCCUCCUCCGCCUCCGCCUCCAUCUUCUCCUGCGCCUGCGCCAGCAAAGACUGCAGGCACCUUGGCUGCAGCUAGAGGAUGACUGACCAAACUGUCAAUAGUGCAGCCGGCGGCAAUGGGCCUGAGCCUGAGCAGUAUGAUCCAUCCAAGGAUCCUAAGCGGAAGGCAAAGUCGGGAGACCCUGGGUGGAAGUAUGGGUAUUGGCAUGAUAUGAACAGGAGGGAUAGGAUACGAUGCACUUUUUGCGGGACAGAUGUGCAUGCUGGAAUAGCAAGGUUCAAGCGUCACCUAGCUGGGGCUAGUACUAAAGGGAAGAAGAAUUCUAUAAAAUGCAAGAAGGUGCCAGAGGCUGUUUCAAAGAAGAUGCUGGAUUUCAUGAAGGCCUACGCAAAGAAGCAUAAUAUGCCAGGGGAGUCUGAUAAAGAAGAUACAGCAACUGGUGAUGAAGAAGAGGAUGCAACAGCAACUCAAACUAGUAGUAGGACAACAGCAAAAAGGAAGGCCAAGACUGUCCAAACUGAAUUACAUACACAAAAGGCUUCAAGAACAAUUGCCGGGAUGAUUAGGAAGACUCCGGAAGAAGUCAUUGAGCUAAGGCACUCGAAGAAUCCUUCUCAAGCCGCAUUGAACGCAGGUUGCUUCAAAAGGACCACCGAGGAUAAGGAUAGAGUUGAUGAUCAUUGGGCAGCAUUUUCCUAUGCCAAUGCCAUUCCCUUCAAUGUUACCCGAUCAAGAGCCUUUGAGAUUGCAUUGGAGUCCACCGGGCAAUAUGGUCCAGGCUACAUCCCCCCAACUAUUCAUGCUCUUAGGCUUCCACUUCUUGUGAAAGCAAAGAAGAAGACACAUGCAUUGAGAGAGCAACAUGAGCUGGCUUGGCAAGAGUAUGGCUGCACACUAAUGUCCGAUGGGUGGACCGAUGGGAGGACUAGGCACUUGGUCAACUUCCUUGUCAAUAGUCCAGCCGGGACUUUCUUCAUUGAUAGCGUUGACAUACCAGCCUUAGUAGCCAGCAAAGAAUUGUUGGCAGAUUUGAUGGAGAAAAGGAUCAACGACAUUGGAAGAGGCUACGUGGUUCAGAUUUGCACGGAUAAUGGUGCUAACUACAAGGCAGCGGGCAUGGCAAGGUUUUAG